CUGUCAGUGACAAAACGUGGAAUAUCAUUGACUUAUGGGGUGCUUGUGUGAAAGAAACCAACGUGGGCUCGAAGCGACGCAGAAACCGCGGGAGGGCAGGAGCUCUGUACUGUCUUCUCCGAUCUCCUCUUUCUUUUUCAGUAUGAUUUGGGUCACACAUUCCUCUCAGUAACUAUUUCCACAUCCAUCCUUCUGUCAACACAGCCAUGCCUCCUCCUUCACCGACGUCUUUCAUCUGUAUCCUGCUCUUCUUCUCCACCAUCAGCAGUAGCUACGCCGCCGCCACUGCUCCCCGCUUCAAAGAAGCCCCAGAGUUCUACAACUCCCCCAACUGCUCCCACGACGCCGUCCACAUUGCAAUGGCCCUCGACGUCACCUACCUUCGCGGCUCCAUGGCUGCCAUCCUCUCCGUACUCCAACACUCUUCCUGUCCCGAGAACGUCUUUUUCCAUUUUGUCUCUGCCGCUUCUCAGCCCUCUUCCGCUUCCAUCCUCAACCUCAGCAUCUCUACCUCCUUCCCCUACCUCAAAUUCCGAAUCUAUCCCUUCGACGACCUAACCGUCGCUGGACUCAUCUCCUCUUCCAUCCGCACCGCAUUAGACUGCCCUCUCAAUUAUGCCCGCAACUACCUCCCCAAUCUCCUCCCUCCGUCUGUCAGGAAAGUCGUCUACCUCGACUCCGACUUGGUCCUCGUCGAUGACAUUGCAGAACUCGCUGCAACUCCGAUGAGCUCCGAUGAGGUCCUCGCUGCUCCCGAAUACUGCAAUGCCAAUUUCACCACCUACUUUACGCCGACGUUUUGGUCCAAUCCCUCCUUGUCGCUGACAUUUGCGGGUCGUCGCAAGCCUUGCUACUUCAACACCGGGGUGAUGGUGAUCGAUUUGGAGCGGUGGCGGGCCGGUGAUUACACGAGGAAGAUUGAGGAGUGGAUGGAGCUGCAGAAGAGGAUACGGAUCUACGAGCUGGGAUCAUUGCCGCCUUUCCUGCUGGUGUUCGCCGGGAACAUAGCGCCGGUGGAUCACAAGUGGAAUCAACACGGGCUUGGCGGCGACAACUUUCGCGGGCUUUGCAGGGAUUUGCAUCCGGGACCGGUGAGCCUGUUGCAUUGGAGCGGGAAGGGAAAGCCCUGGGUUCGGCUGGACGCCAACAGGCCCUGCCCCUUGGAUGCCUUAUGGGCUCCCUACGAUCUGUUACAGACUCCCUUUGCUCUCGAUGCUUAGCACAUCCAUUUCCUGAUCCUUCUUUGUUAAUCCCUUCAUAUUUUUUUUCCGCCCAUAAAUAAAGAUGUUAAACCC